GGUCGAACAAAAGGCCCCGCUGGGCAGGCGAGGAGCCAGAGUUAGCGGGGUCGGCGGGAGAGCGCGAGAAGUUUGGGAGCCAGAGGUCGCCGCUGCUGCUGCUGCCGGAACGUACUUUCAGGUUGAGAGCAAUGGCGCCCGAAAGCCACAUGUCCGAGCCCAUCUGCCUGAUCGAGAACAGGGACAGGAAGCUCUUUGUCUGUGAAAAGGCCCUUCGCCUGCUCUCCGAAAUUCGCCAGCCAGUGGUGGUGGUUGCCAUUGUGGGACGCUACCGAACGGGCAAGUCCUACCUCAUGAACAAACUAGCUGGCAGAAACUCAGGUUUCCCCCUGGGUUCUACGGUGCAGUCGAAGACCAAGGGAAUCUGGAUGUGGUGCGUCCCUUACCCUGGCAGGCCUGGUCAAACCCUUGUGCUUCUGGAUACAGAGGGACUAGACGAUGUGGAAAAGGGCGACACUCAAAACGACACCUGGAUCUUCGCUUUGGCUGUGCUCCUGAGCAGCACCCUGGUCUACAACAGUUUUGGUGUCAUUGACCAGCAAGCUAUGAAUCAGCUUCACUAUGUGACAGAGCUCACGGAGCGCAUCAAAGCCAAAUCGUCCCCCGGGGGCGGCAGUGAGGGACUGGAAGACUCUGCUGAGUUUGUCCGCUUCUUCCCAAGUUUCGUCUGGGCCUUGCGGGAUUUCACCUUGCAGCUGGAGCUGGAUGGGCACCCCAUCACUGAAGACGAGUAUCUGGAACAUUCCUUGAAAUUAAAGAAAGGCGAUGCCUCUGAUGUUCAGCUGUACAACCUGCCUCGCAAAUGCAUCCGGAUGUUCUUCCCCACUCGCAAGUGUUUCAUUUUUUACUGCCCCACUACUGGGAAGGAACUGCCCCAUCUGGAGUCGAUGCAGGAGAGCCAGCUGGAUCCCGACUUUGUGAAACAAGCUGGCCAGUUCUGCCGAUACAUCUAUACUUCAUCCAAGGAAAAGACCAUCCCCGGAGGACACCUUGUCAAUGGCCGCUUGCUGGCAAACCUAGUGACAACCUAUGUGGACACAAUUCGCAGUGGGCAAGCUCCUUGCAUGGAGAGCGCAGUGCUGGCCUUGGCUGAGAUUGAGAACUCGGCUGCUAUCCAUGAUGCUACUGUGCGCUACGGGGAGCUGAUGGAUCAAAAGCUGAAGCUUCCUACGGAGACGGUCCAGGAGCUGCUGGGGAUCCAUGCCGAGUGUGAGAAGGAGGCCCUGCAGGUGUUCCUGGCUCGUGCCUUCAAGGUUGACCAACAACGGUUCCAGGUGGAACUCAUGAAAACCAUGGACCAGAUGAAGGAGGGCUUCUGCCAAAAGAAUGAGCAGGAAUCUUCAAAACUCUGUUGGGCUGUGUUGAUGUCCUUGUCUGGGGAGCUGGAGGAAAAGAUCAAACAAGGGGUUUACUCCUGUCCUGGCGGUCACAAGCUGUUUUCGGAUGACCUGAAGGAAAUGGAACAGAGAUACCACCAAGAACAGAAGAAAGGAGUGAUGGCAGAGACAGUCCUACAGCAGUUCCUCAAGGAGAAGGAGAAUGUCAGCAGAGCCAUACUGCUAAGUGAUCAAGCUCUGUCAGAGAAAGAGAAGGAAAUGGCAGAGGCGAAGGCAAAGGCUGAAGCUGCACAGCGAGAGCAGGAGAUCCAGAAGCAGAAGCAAGCUGAGCUGGAACAGAAGAUGGAGGAUGAGAAACGGAGCUACGAGCUGAACAUCUGUCAGCUGGAGGAGAAGGUGGUGAAAGAAAGGGACAAUCUACUGAAAGAGCAGAAUAUGAUGAUGGAGAGUAAACUCAGGGAGCAAGAGGCUUUGCUGAAGGAUGGUUUCCUUAAAGAAGCAAAUCGACUAAAUGGGGAGAUUAAUCAGCUGAGACAGCAGACUGAAAAUAUCAAGAAGCCAUCUUGGUUAGCCGAGGUGUUGGGUGGUCUGGUAGAAGUUGCCUCAUUUUGUUUGCCUGGUACUCGCCCCAAACUUCUUGGACUCCUGGCUUCUAACUCUAUAAGGCGCUUGUUGGGUUAAGUUAGCCAUAUUGAAUCGUAUGCUGUUGGUGGAUUUGUGUUGUCGUCUUUUUGGGCUUUGUAUAUGAUAAAGGGGAGCCAUCCUGGAGUGAAGGCAUCCUCUUCUAUUUCUCCCUGUGUCAGUUUCAGUCUCAGUUUAUUGAUUAACUUUUCUAGUAAGGCUGUUUCCCAUACUACUUGAUACCAGUGUUCCAUGUUUAUUCCUGACAGGUCCCUCCAGUGUCUGCCUAUGAUGUUUCUGGCUGCUGAGAGUAGGUGGGAUAUGAGCUCUUUAUAGUGUGAGUGGGCAUUGCUAUCUUGGAAGAUGUUUAAUAGGGCCAGUUCUGGGGUGACUUCUAGUACCUGUUUAGUUAUUUUGCUUCUUCCUUGUAUGACUGUUGUCCAGAAG